GGAGAAAUGAAUUGUAAUAUUUAACAAUAAUAUUUUGAAUAGAAUACAAAUUGGUUGGAAAGAAAGGAGAAGGAACAUUUUCAGAAGUGAUAAAAUCAUAAUCAUUUAAAACAGGGAAUUAUGUUGCAAUAAAAUGCAUGAAAAAUAAAUUUACAUCAAUUGAACAAGUAAUUAAAAUGAAAUUAAUAUUUAUAAAGGUUAAUCAUUUAAGAGAGAUAUAGGCAUUAAGAAAGCUAAGUCCUCAUGAUCACAUUAUCAAGUUAAUAGAAGUUCUUUAGUAUGAAAAUGAAUUAAAUUUAAAUUAGUGAUGAACCUACAGGAAGAUUAGCUUUAGUAUUUGAAUUGAUGGAAUAGAAUUUAUAUGAACACAUUAAAGGUAUUAUUAUUAACAUUUUAAAUAGGAAGGAGAUAACCCUUAAAUCCCUAAAAAGUUAAAUCUUUUAUGUACUAACUGCUAAAAUCUAUUGAACAUAUGCAUAGAAAUGGAAUCUUUCAUAGAGAUAUUAAACCGUAAUCAAUAUUCAAAUUAUUAGUGAAAACAUUCUACUAAACUCAGAUCAUCUCAAAUUAGCAGAUUUUGGAUCAUGUAAAGGAAUUUAUUCAAAACAUCCCUAUACUGAGUAUUAUAAUAUAUUAUUCUAGAUAUAUAUCUACAAGAUGGUAUAGAGCCCCUGAAUGUUUAUUAACAGAUGGUUACUAUGAUCAUAAAAUGGAUCUCUGGGGAGUAGGAUGUGUAAUGUUUGAAAUUAUAGCUUUAUUUCCACUCUUUCCAGGAACUAAUGAAUUAGAUUAAGUUAAUAAAAUACACAACAUUUUAGGAACACCUAAUUAAAAAGUUUUUGAUAGAUUCAGAAAGUUUAUUCUUAUAUAAUAUUCUAGAUAAGCUACACAUAUGGAAAUCAAUUUCCCACCUAAACAUGGUAGUGGUAUCGAUAGAUUACUACAAGGACAAAAUAAAGAAUGCAUUGAUUUAAUUAAAUUAUUGCUUAUUUAUGAUCCAGAAGAAAGAAUUAAUGCUUAAUAAGCCUUAAAACAUGAAUACUUUCGUGAAUUAUUUGAAGCUGAUACAUAGAAAAGCUUUUAACAUACUUUAUAAUAAAUCAGAGUUUCUAAUCAUAGAGAAUAGUAUCUAUAAAUAAUUACAUUUUAGAAAUGAUAACUCACUUGAAAGAAGCCAAAGAAUUGAAGAAAGCAAAUAAUAACAUUAGUUGAAUUUCAAAAAAACUUAAAAUUAUUAUGCAAAAUCACAAAAAAAAUCAGGAGUAUAUUCUCACUUAUUAUCAUUUUAGUUACCUUCUUUACAAUUUGAUUUGAGAGUAGAAAGCAUUUAUAAAAAUACUUAACAUCAUGACAGUGAUGAUGAUCUUGAAAAAUAAUCAUCUAAUAAAUAAAUGAUGCUACCACAAAUACCUAAAUCCAAAAAAUAUGAUCCUAAAAAAAUAUAUGGUAAACAAUAAUAUGGAGGAUCAUCAAAUUAACCAUAUUAGUUUAAUUCCAAAGGUAAUACUAUAUUAACUUAAUCAAAUAGGUAAAAAAGCCACACAUGGUCUAUAAGGUGAAUAUAUAGUUUUUGGAAAGAAAGCAAUGAAUUAAUGAUAUAUUUUAAGUUUUUAGUUG